CUAUGUAAACAAGUGUGUGAUGCUUGUGGCUGGUUAACUGGAAGCAGCUCCACGACUUUCACUUCCAGCAACUGAAAAUAUGAUUAGUUCAGUCGGGGAGUCUGCGCUCCACACGCGGCGAAUGAAUGUUCUCCGGUCCGUGGUUGUGUGUUAGCGCUGGCUGGAGUUAAAUCCAGCAGGCAGGGUUAGAUGGAGCAGCUGCAGCUCUGAUCCGGAGUGUUUUCCGUUAGCCGCUUUGGGAAAGGACACAGUAGGCGGGCUUAUAAUGUGGCGGUGCCUAAAGCGGAAUUAAAAAUAUCAGCAUGUCGCGUUAAGUCACCAGACAAACCAGCAUUUGAAUGUAAUUUGGGGUGUAAAACUGCUGUUUCAGGAGAACGAAAAAAACCCAACUGUACUUCUAAUAUUCUGUGCCCAAUGGGCAGCUACGUCUGGCAGUAGACCAUGAACCUGAGCGAGAAGAGGCCCAACAAGUGGUGGACUGAGCCGGACACGUUCGCCAUGCUCACCCUCAUUGAGCAGUUGGACCUUGUCCGGGAGUUGGACAAGAAGCGCCAGCGUAACGAGUCUCACUUUCGCCGCCUGCGCCAGAGCCUGGCCAAAAGAGAUAUCCACUUCACUGUCAACCAGAUCCGCAACCGCUGGAAAAGCCUGAAGCACAAGUACCGGAAGAUCAAGCUGGCGACUUACCGCAGUCCUGCCGCACGCCUCUCUGCCAUGGAGUCCUUUCGCUACUUCCGCAGGUUGGAUCGCAUGCUGGCCUGCAGGCCCAGGUCAGGAGGUCCAGAGGAAGGCAAAUGCAGCCUAGUUGGCCAGUCGGAUUUGGAGGAUCACACAAACAUUUUAGGUGAUGUUGGCCAGUCGUGUCCUGUAGCUCCUUGGUCUGGUGGUGCUUCACUUGAGUCUGAAACCGAAAGCGUUGCCCCUAAGCUGGAAUCCAGUGCUGAUGAGGAAGUGAAUGCAGAGGAACUUGCCAGAACAGAGCAUCCAAGCUGGGCUGCAGGCAGCCACGAGGUCAUGACGCUGGGACUGUCCGGCGAGUACCUCUACGCUGUCAAGACUGAGCCUCUUUCAGAUCUUAACCCUGUUCCUAGUGUUGAUGGAAGUAGCGAGGCCACUGACAACAGACAAACCGCUUUUCCAGGCACAUCAGAGGAUAUCUGCACCCUGAUCUUACAGCAGCUCACUAUUCUCAACCACCAACUGGAAGAGCAGCUAGCAGAGCAGAGAGCCUUCCACUGCAGCAUGCUGGGUAUGAUGGACCGGCAAAUCGAGGUGCUGGAACAGCUCUCUAGCUUCACCCAGAGCCACUGCCGCCAGCCCAAGCCUGAACCCAGCGAGACUGAUUCAUCAAUCAACCAGAAAGUCCAUGAAACCCUGCUGCGAAUCCUGAGGGGAAUGGAGAACCAGGUGCUUCAGCCAUGUCUCUCUAGACCCCCACCUUCAACACCUCCCCCCUGGACGGUUUCUCUUGUGGAGGUCCACAAAAGUUCUUCUACUGUUGAAAUGGAGGCAAACAAUGAAACUGAGAACAGUAAGUCUACAGAUGGGUGCAAACACAACUCUUCCAGCCUUCCAGCUUCAGAGCUGCUGUCUUCUUCUCCCAUAAAUGGUACUUUGCAGAACGGACUCUGUUAAUGUAAGUGAGUAUUGCUCACAACUGUGAGGCUUCAGAUAUAUCCUAAGCCUUUAAGCAUGUCAUGAAAGGACAUCAUCCUCUUCAGUUUUUUUGUACUUCUGCAUUUGGUAAAUGAAUUAGUUGAUAUAUGCAUUUAUGUAGUUAAACAAAUGACGCUUACUUGCUGUUAUGAUUAGCACUUUUAAAGAGGCCAACCAUUCUAAACUCUAAGGCAGUAAGAACUAGGCCUGGGCGAAAGGGCCAUGUAAUCGGAUAUUGACUGACAAGUAACCUGAUUUCAGUGCUUAAAAGGCAAUAAUCACCAUGUUGGCGAAAAAGAACUGACAGGGAGCCAGUGAGGACUAAUUUACCUUUAAAGAGCCUGCUGGAUAAUAUUAAAUAAUAUGUGCACAAUGUUUUAUUCACUUUUUCUGUUAAAACAUUGGCUAUUAUGAAGCCUCAAAAGGCCGUUUAAGCAACAGUUGAGCAAAUUCCCCCGCUGUCUCUGCUUUCCCAGUGUGUGAUUCAAAUUAUUUGAAUUCUGAACAUUUAGAAAACAUAAUGCUGUGUGCUUUUCCAAAGAGAUCUGUUGUUCAUUUCCAGAGUGACUCCACUAUAAGAACAGAAAACACUUAUUUCAAUAUAUAAAGCAUGUGAGUUUGGCUUUGGAGAUCACUCAUUUAGUGCAUGUGUUGCAGUCUGACGUUUAUCCAGCAAGGGGCACUAUUAGUACACAAGUCACCUUGAAUAUACCCCAGAAGUAGGGUAUGUUAUUAUUUUAGAUUUUUUAUUCCUAAAGUUUGUCGUUAAAACAGUUGUUUAAGAAACGCAUAUAAACUAAAUGAAAUGUAGGCUUUAUACUGCGUUCAGGUGCUCAUAGGAAGGUUGUAUAUACCAGGUGGUUAAUUAGUAAAUAUGACUUCAACCCGUUCAGGGAUUUGUUCAUAAUUAGACACACCUACCACACAGAUGAAGCGUGGAGGUCUGAAAAAAACUUGUUUAACUAGAAGAGAUUGUGCUAAUUAAUUUCAGAUAUCGCCCAGGCCUAGUAGAAACCAAUAUCUGUCUGUCUCCGCCAUUGAGCACUUUACCCAGCAAAAUAUGCGCAAUUUGGAGACAGAUUCGUUUAGAGAGUUGGCCAGGAUCUUGGCUUGUGCAGCGUUUAAAUGGUUGAUCACCAUCAUGAGAUGAUACAAGAUUAAAAUAGAUACACAAUAUGUUUAAAAUAUGAUUAAAAACACUGGUUAACUUUGAUGUUAAUAAUGUGUUUCCUUUUUUAGCCACAAGCAGCGAUUCAAGUCACUGCCUCGCUUUUUUUUUUUCUUUUUUCUUUUCUUUUUACAUUAGAAAUUUUAGCUCGCAGUACAUGCAUUAGUAAAAUAACCCUGUACUGAUGUUUUAGUUGAGGGAUGUUAGACAAUUUUAAGUGUAUUAAAGUGUAGAAAAUAUACACUCACUGGCUAUUUUAUUAGGAACCGUGUUGGUUAGAACAACCUUUUACUCACAGAACAGGCUGAGUUUUUCAUGGUAUGGAAUAAAUGUAAUUAUUGCAGAUUUGUCAGCUGCACGUUCAUGCUGUGCAUCUCCCAUUCUACCACAUCCUAAUGGUACUGAAUUGAUAUCUAGCAACCAGGGAAGCCGCUGAAGUACUUUGAACUCAUUGUCAUGUUUAUGGAGUCGGAUUGACAACCUGAUUAACAGCUACUUCCAUUAUGAUAAACGAUGAAAUGUGGCCAUAAAGGGAUGAAUAUUGUGAGCAAUUAUAUUCCGAUAGGCUGCAGGAUGCAAUUGAUGCUGCUCAAUUAGUGUUAUUAGCCCCAGUGUGUGCUAUUAUACUAGCACGACCAGCUUGAACUGUUGACACAAGGCAAGCUGUGUUCAUGGAUUCAGUGCUGUUUAUGCCAAAUUCUAGCGCAUCAAGUGCAUGUCAGAGCAGAAUUUGAGAUUCUUCAGACCAGGCAAUGUUUUUCCAUCUUCAGCUGUCUAGUUUUGGUGAGCCUGCAUGCACUGUAGCCUCAGACUUGUGUUCUUCCUUGACACCUUAGUGGAACCCCAUGUGGUUGUCGUAUUCCGUCCAUCUCAAGGUUUGAAGUGAGGUGUUUUUGUGGUUGUGAUCAAUGGUAAAGGGUUAAUGUCGGCUCAAAGAAAUCUAGCCGUUUGUCCACUGACCCCUUUCAUCCACCACAGAAAUGCUGCUUACUUGAUUUUGUUUUCUAGAUUCUAGAGGCUAUGAAAAUCUCAGAUCACCAAUAUAUGACAUACUUAAACUCACCUUUGGCCCCAACAGCCCUCUUGUGGUCUAAUGGUCACUCUUUUCCUCCAUUGUGAACGCUACCUGAAACUCUUGACCCGGGUCUGCAUGAUUUUCUCCAUUGCGCUGCUGCCACCUGAUUGAAUAAUUACCUGACUAAGAAGGUGCACAACUGUUCCUAAUAAAAUAGCCAGUAAGUGAGUAUGCACUGUUUAUUUAUUGAUCUGUCAACUCUUUGUUACAUAACAAAAUUAGUCAAAUUAAAGGAAAUAGAUUAGCUUGACAAUGUGAUAUGUUGACUGGAACUCACGUAAAAUAUACUUCUUUCCAUUUUGUCUUUUUUUAUUACUAAUACUUAGUGAAGCGCUGAGGAGCCCAGCUAAAAGGGCUCGGUGUAUCUUAGUGACUGACUGUGGAUUGUUGAAACAGGUGUGCUCACAGGCAAAGUGGAAUAAUAUUUUAAUCCCCAAUACAGUAAUAAAAUGACCCUAAAGAGAAA